GGGACUUUUAUUGUGGUACGGUGCUGUGACGUCAUACGGGUCGCGCUCCUGCAUCUGCUGUGAUUCGGCUGAUGAAAGAUUGUCCAAACACACAGAAAAACUCCUGAGAUACACACACUGUUAUAAAGAUGGCGUUUAUUAAAGAGGAGAGUGAAGAUGUGAAGAUUGAAGAAACAUUGAGAGUCAAACAUGAAGAGACUGAGGAACAAACAGACCUCAAGCCGCUGAAAGAGGAGCACAUAGUCCCGAAUGUAAAUGAAGAGAAAGAACAAUAUGAGAUGACUCAUGAUUUUAAAACUAAAGAAGAAUCUAUCAGUUGGCCACAGACUAAAGAGACUUUCUCACAGAAAACAACUUCUAAAACCGGUACUAAAAGUUAUUUCACCCCUUUUCGCUCUGGAAACCUAAAAGUUCAUACUGGAGAGAAGCCUUUCACCUGCCCUGAGUGUGGAAAAAGAUUUACUCAAAAAGUAAACCUUAACAGGCACAUACAAAUUCACUCUGGAGAGAAGCCUUACACCUGCCAACAAUGUGGAAAAAGUUUCAAUAGACAGGGAGUCCUUAACAGACACAUUAGAGUUCACACUGGAGAGAAGCCCUUCACCUGCCAACAGUGUGGAUUCAGUUUCACACAUAAAGGAAACCUUAAAGUCCACAUGAGAAUUCACACUGGAGAGAAGCCAUACACCUGUCCUGAGUGUGGAAAGAGUUUUACUCGAAAAGUACACCUUAAAGUGCAUAUGAGAGUUCACUCUGAAGAGAGUCCUUUUAUCUGCCAACUGUGUGGAAUAUGCUUCAUUGAAAAAGGAUUUCUUAAUAGACACAUGCAAAUUCACACUGGAGAAAAGUGUUACGUGUGCCAUCAGUGUGGAAGAAGUUUCAGCCAAAAAGGAAACCUUAAAAGGCACAUGAGAGUUCACACUGGAGAAAAGCCUUACACUUGCAUACAGUGUGGGAAAAGUUUUUCUAUACAAUCAAACUGUAACAAGCACAUGAGAAAAUUACACGGCAUAUUUUCUACACGUUCUUGAUCUACAAAUGAGGAUUCAUUUGAGAGAACUGUUUUAUCUCAUCAGUGUGGAAGGGAGUUUCUCAGACAGGAAUCAUGUAAUAAUGUUAUUUUGUGUAGACCAGGGGCUCAUUUAUAAAACUUAUAGAUUUCAUCCUUAAAGUGUACAUAAGCACAAAAGUUUUCAUAUUUAUAAAACCACACAUAUCCCAGAACCUGCUCAAAAAUCCCUUUAUAAAUCCCAGUUAGGGGGAGAUCUCCUCCCUAAAAUAAUAAUAUAUGGUGCUUAUGACGCCUAGUUUUACUACGCAUAACCUCACCUUCAUAUAAUUUCCAUGUAUAUUCCCAUGCACACGACACCAUGUUUAACACAGAGACAUUAAGGAAAUAUAAGAUAUGGACUAUAAUGCCAUUUGUGCCAUAAAAUUACCCAGUAUCCUUAUGUUGUUGUAAUAAAUAUAUGAAAAUAUCCAUAAAUACAAAACUGUUAAAUAAAAUAAUUCUGAGAUAUAUUUUAGAAUAGAGUUGAUCUCUUUAUUUUACACUGUCCAAAUAGUAUUUCAGUUGUUUUAAACAGUUCAAAUUAAAAUUUAUGCAGUUUUGCUGAUAAGGUGAGGAUCUAUUUUGGAAACAGAAUGGAAACCAUGUUGAAACAAUGUUUCAUUUGACCACUGAAUUCAGUAGUGUCCACCAUAAGUAAGUGAGCGAUGACCACUGUUCUUGCUAAAAUAUUUAGUCGUAUCAUGAGAUAUGUAUCAAUUUUAUUUUGCAAUUUCAGUGCUUAUCUCCAAUAAUGAGAGUGGAAUAUUAAACGCAAAUGCAUUUUGAAAUUAAAACAUAGUUUAACACUGUUUACUUCAUAACUUCUCACUUCAAAAGAGUUUUAUAUGCAUGGUCUAGAAUGUUCAUACGGUGUGAACUUAUUUCAGCGUGUCCGCAGAGUCUUAAAAAGUAUCGAUGAGUCAAUUUAGAGAAAAUUAAGGCCAUUAAAAACUUAAAUUCCAUUUUGCAAGGUAUUACAUUUUGUAACAUCUUUUCAUUGUUUAUUUGUCUGAAUAGUGUUGUUUAUUUAUGGACGUCAUCUGAUAUGGCUCUCACUGACUGCACUGCGUGAUAGCACUGGGCUUGUUACUUGAUCCUGCUCUCGCUGAAAAUCUGUCCAUUACUGCUCGGUUCCAUCCGCUUCCGCGAUUUUUGUGUCCUCUCCCUCAAACAUUCGAAUAUUAUAUAAAAUUUUCGCACAUUAGGAGGCUGCUAUCAAUAUGUGGGAGUUACCUGACUAACCUCUGCAUAUAAGGCACUGAAACGUUGACCUGACUGUUGCCACCUGGUCACCAGUCAGAGCCACCGUGCUGACCCUAUUUGCCCGAGCAUAUAGCCCCAGGUCCCGCAGUGCUUCCGUACACUGUAACGGAUUUUUGUAAUUUGAACAGUAUUUUACUGUAAUAUGUACAGUAUAAUACUGUUAAAUGUGCCAAAACUAUAAUACUGUAAAUAGCAAAGGA